AAAAAAUAUCUAAUCGACAUAUCUUUCGACAUAAAAUCAACUUUUAUUGUUUAUUAGCGUUGGAUACCAUAAGUGAGUCUUUUCGCAAUACAUUGAAUUAUAUAGUUAAUGAAAGCGACCGUAUUCACUAGUAUUGUAUUUUUUCAAAGUUUGGAAGACAACGAAUAAUUUUACAUGCAGACUAUUAUGAAAACCACUUACAAUUUAUACAAUUAUGUAUAUUCAUAUAAACUCGGAAUAAUUGAGUUGAAUUCCACAAUGACGAGUUAAAUCAUUUAAAUGCCAAAAAUUAAAGGAUGGAUGUUACGGAUAAUGUUGAUGGAGCUUUAGAUCCUCGAAUACAGUUAUAGGUUAUAUGCGUAAAUAAAUGAUUACUAAAUGCAAACGUAAUGCCUAAUACAGCCUGGUACCAUGUUCCACUUUGCUUUCACUUCAUUUUCAUUCUCAACGUUUGUCAAAUAAUAAAUAUUGAGUUAGAGAAUUUGAACGAUGCAACAGAUGAUAUAAAUAAACUUGAAACUGAAUUGGAUGAAGCUCACACUGCUUUUAGGCAACUAUUAUCUGAAACUACCAAAAGAUUAAAGGAAAUAUUAAAUAAAGUAGGAAAUAGUUGCGUUGAAAAAGCAAGGUGUUAUUAUGAAGCACUUGAAGUGGCACGUCAAGCUCAGAUAAAAUGUCAACAACAAGCUCAACUAUUCCAAAGAGCAAGCGAAAUUCAUGUGGCGGCAAAAGAAACUGUGGCAUUAGCCGAGAGUAGAUUUAUGUCACAUCAACAUGAAUGGAAUUUUGAUCAAGCAUGGCAGGAUAUGCUAAAUCAUGCAACACUUAAAGUUAUGGAUGCUGAAAAUCAAAAAGCAGAAUGUGGUAGAGAACAUUACAGAAGGGCAGUAUUGUUUCAUAAUGCUGAGAAAAGAUUGUUACAACUAGAGGAAAAACAUCGUCGUUCCAUAAUAAAAGCGCGACCAUAUUUCGAAGUCAAAGCACAGUGUGAUCAAAUGUUAGCAACUCAGAAAGAACGAGUCGAAUGUUUACAAAAAGCAAUACAAGAUGCAAAGACUAAUUAUGCCACAAGUCUCCGUAGGUUGGAAGAAAUUAGUAAUCAAAUACAUCAACAGCGUCGAGAUUAUGAUUUUAUAGCUAACGGACCCAGAGAACCAGGCGUUGGUGCAGAAUUGGUUAGUCCACAAAAGAAUUCAAACUAUGAUGUAGAAUUUAACCAAUUAAGUUGCAGUAAAAUAAAGGAUUUCAUGAAUAAUCAACUAAAGAAAUAUAAUAGGAUACAAGAUUAUGAUAAUGAUUAUCAGUUACAAGAAGAUACUGAAAAUCUUGGGAAAAGAUCGGUUGAUGGAAGCGAAGCAAUAUCUUCUCAAUGGGAGUUUGAGCUAGGAGCUAACAUAGAAAAUUUGAAUAAUUUAUCUGUCAAGAAUUCUGUGCUUGAUCAUGAUAGUAAAAACGAAAGUAUGUCUGAUUUACAUUUUUAUAACGAGGAAAAUGCAAAAUCAAAUAAUUUCAUACAAGAAUUAAACUAUAAACUUUUGCAAGAUACAGAUCAUUUCAUGCAAAAUUUAAGUCAAUCAAAAAAAUUAUUAAAUGAUUUUCAAAUGUUGAAAAAUUCAUUUGUAAAUACGCGUUUAACGAAACAUUUUGAAGAACCAAAUUCAGUAAAACGUGAAGUUAUUGAUUCAGUAAUGUUAAACAAACAUAAAAGUAAUUUAAAGAAUUGUGUAUCGAAAUCGUUAAAUAAUACUCCUAUAAAAACAAAUAUACUUAAUUUCAGCUCGAAAUUUACAGAAAUGAGUAUACGUCAAUGUAUAGCAAAAUAUGUGCCAAAUAAUGUUUUCAAUUUUGGUUUUAGUAAUAACAAAUCUCAAAGUAGCAGCGAUAUUAAUUUAUCUUUAAAUCUUGAUACCAAUUCCAUAGAAAAACAACAAAGUUUAGAUGAUAUUAUAGAUCAUAAGACUGAUCGUGAGAAUCUCAAAUUUGAUAAUGUUACAAAUUUAGAAUAUAAUAAUACAUUGAAAAUAAAAGAAGCUAAUGAUAAUGGCCUAAAUAACGCAAGAAAAGUCUAUGAUGCACAAUGUAAUGACUUUAACAGGAUAAAUUUACAACCGAAGUUUAGAUCUAAUUCUACACAUUUCUUAUCUUUUAGUGCUAGCUUAUCGCCAAUAGAAGUAAAAUCGAUUGAUUUAUCAAGUGAAAAGUCAUUGAAUAGAAAUUUAACUGAUUGUAAUCAAUCUGUUCCAAAACCAAAAGAAGAGCAAUUAAGUGUUAAUGAAUUACCAUUAUUGUCACUAUUUGAGGAAGGUAAUUCCUUGAUCAAUAGUAAAACUAAAAGUUUUAGUAUGAUUAAUUUAGGUGAAAACCGGAAUUUCGUACUAUCGGGUGACUUACGUUUAAAUAAUACAAAAAGCACAGAAAAAUUGGCAAACUUGAAAGAUGGUUUCUUUCUUAAGUCUACAAGAUAAAGAAUAAAAAUUACAAUCAAGUGAAACAAAUGUGAUAUAUUAUAAAUUUUAUAAUUUUUUAAAUAAGUUUAAACAUAAUUUCAUAAAUGGAAUUGUACUAUUUUUUACUUUGAGUCAUAUACAAAAGUUCAAUAAUAUUGAUUGUAUAAAUUUUGUUUGACAAGUAGCUAUAAAAUAGAAAUAAAUAUGAAUUAUUUAUCAAAAAAGAAAUUUAUAAAAAGUAAUUACAUAAAAACAACAUUUUAUUAGUGCAAAAUGUAUGCAAAUCUCAUGCAUAUCAAAUAUAGCAACUUAAUUUGGACUUUAAAAAUGUAUAUAUAAAAAAAGACGUUAUUUCAAGAAAUUCGUAUCUUCAUGAUAACAUUUUGUAACAAGUACAUAAUCCAUACUUAUGUUCAAUUAUAUUCAUUAAAUUAUUUUUCAUUAUGGUUUA